AAUAGAGUGCUUGGCCAAACUGAAGAAUCUCCUCUCUCUCUCUCUAUACAUAUAUUUUAUAUAUAUAUAUAUAUACUAUAUAUCACUCGCUACAUAUCCUUCUCCUUGUACUCGAUUCGCUUGAAAGCUCGUACAUUUUCGGCAGAAUAUCAGUUUUCAGCAAAGUAAUUUGGGAGGCAACUUCGUGUUCACGUCCAUAGUUGACUGAACUAGGGUUUCAUUCAUCGAGAGUUGAAUUGAAUCCUAGGGUUAUGAAGCAGUGGGUGACCAUACGAUUGAGGUUCAGUUGAUCAACAGUCAGGAUUUCGUCUCCGGAUGGAGGGAGGUAGCGUCUCUAGACUUACUUCUUCUGGGAUACACCGAUGGAUUAUGAUGACAAUGACUUUCAAGGCCAGAAUCUUCACUUAGAUGGUGAAGGGAGCUCCAAAUUCUCUCCUGUUUUGCGUCCAUAUGCUCUUCCCAAGUUUGAUUUUGAUGACAGCCUCCAGGGGCACCUAAGGUUUGACAGUUUGGUAGAAAACGAGGUUUUUCUCGGCAUCCCCAGUCAAGAAGACAAUCAGUGGAUUGAAGAUUUCUCUCGGGGAAGUAGUGGAAUAGAGUUUAGUUCAAGUGCGGCAGAAUCUUGCUCUAUUUCGAGGCGUAACAAUGUUUGGUCUGAGGCAACAUCCUCAGAAUCUGUUGAAAUGUUAUUAAAAUCUGUGCGACAAGAAGAGAUGAUCCCAGGAGAAACUAUCAUUGAAGAAUCUCAUGCUUCUGAUGAAUUAGGUAGCUUAACCAAUAAAAUGGAGCCUAAUCCGAAGCAAGAUGAUGGAAUGAAAGAUGUUGUAGAUUCACACCCUGUAUUACUACCGGAUGAGUCUCUGGAACACUUUUCUGGGUUGAACGAGGGUGCUGGAGGGGAGUACCCUUAUGUUGAAGGUACUUCAAAAACUCAAGAGGCUGAUCCAUCUGCUUGUGGAAGUUCAAGUGAGUUGGAUCGAAAUGCUGGUGGUAAAAAGUGUGGUGUAUCUUUGACUCAGAGGGAUGUGGCAGUUGAUGGAAAAUGUGAUGAUGCAAUUCAAACUAAAGUAAGUACUUCUGUAAAUGAAUCUCUUGGUGAUAAGAUUCCACGAGAUGCCUCUGCUUCAGGGAUGCAAAUUAAUAAUAUGGACUCCUCUUCACAGGAUAUUAUGGCAAGUGUUGUGGAUUUGAACAAUCAGGAAAUCCAACAUCAUGUAAGUGAUAUUAGUUUUAAGAAUGCUAAUUGUUUAUCAGAAGACAUUGGUAAGAGUGUGGAAGAGCACCCCAGCAAAGAGAUGGAUGAACAAAAUUUGAAGGGGCAUGCAGUUGAAACUGGUACAUAUAAUUUGGAGAGUCCACUCUGUUUAGAUUUGAAGGUGGAAUCUACAGAACAUGCAGUUGAAACUAGAAUCAAUAAAUUUGAGGAACCAUCCAGUUUGCCACUGAAUGGGGAUGGUGACUUGCAGAUAGCUGAAGGAUGCAGUGAAGAUAUAUGUUCCACAGAUUAUGCUCUGGGUAGCAGUUGUGAAGCUGUGGUUUUGUCCAAAAGCAUAGAGAUUAAUGAGCGGUUUAAAGGAGAUAUGGGUGAGGAAGCACCUUUAGUUUUUCGAGGUGACAGUGAUUUUGAAGGGCAUGACGUUGAUAUCAGCAACACUAAGGCAGGAAUUUGUGCCAGUUCAGAGCAGAUGGGUUCUAUUAUACAGAUAACACAUGGGCAGAGCAGUUCAACCGAGAAAAAAGAGGAUUCUCUAGGAAGUGAUCGCCAAUUGGCUUGUGAUACUUCAGUCAAUUCUGAGGCAUCUUUGUUGUCUGGGGUAGAUAAUGAGCUUUCUAGUGUUCAGGGUGAUGGAAGCAUCAAUGAUCAUGCUGGAGAUCAUUCUAAUUUGAAUGUAGUUUGUUCUUCAACUGAAUUGCUUAUCGAAAAAUGUGCAAUUGAAAAUUUGGAAGUUGUUAAUGAUGCUUCUGGAAUUCAAAAAGAGGAGUCAAAUAACGAAUUUCAUGUCUCGCAUCCUAUGCUGGGUGGACCUCUGCAAAUAUGCGAAAGAGAUCUCGUUUCCCAACAGGGUGAUGUCCGUCCUGACCAAGAAGUUUCUUUCAAUAAAGGGAAUCUGGAGUUGCCUACCGAGACUAGUAAUGAGGACUGUGAGACUGUUGGAUCUCUUUGCAAAGAUGAGAGCGUUAAAUCCUUGUCUUUAGGUGAAGGUACAAAAGAAAAUGACAUGUUAUUUCAUGGAUCUGAGUGUGAUACUACAACCGGGAAUGAGCCAGCAUUGGACGUUGCUUUAGAAAAGACGAAUUUAGUAUCGCAUAACACAUUGGAUGGUGUUUCCUUGGUUUCUGAGAGUGGUGGUACUGUACAUGACGUUACUGAUCACAGUGAGAAGUCACCUUCACUUGUUGUGGGGUCUAUGCAGUUGGAUAAAAAGGCAGAAACUAAGGUUGAAGUUUUAACAGAACCAAGUUUAUCGACCUUAAAGGGGUUUUCGGACCAGGGAAGUGUUUCUGGAGUUGAAAAAAGUGUAUCUUGUCAUUCUGCUGGCCAGUUGCUACAGGAGACACUUGAUCAGUCAUUGCCAAUUCUGGAGACGUGUAAUACAGCAAGCCAGAGUGGCCAAGCAGUGGUUGCUAAUGAAGUUAGUCAAGAGGGCUCUAAGAAGUUGGAGGAUUAUCCCGUUCUUUGUGAUUCAACAGUAAAAGAGGGUGAUGAGGCUAAAGCAGUAGUUGUCCUUGAGAACCGCAAAGAAGAUUUGAGUGAAGAAAUUCAUAAAGUGAUACCCCCCUCCGAAGUUGCAGAAGCAGUGCUAGUUCCUAAUAAAGGCGAGAAGCUAACAGAACCUCUACCUGUAUCAUUGGUGGAAUCUUGCAGCGAUGUGGGCCAAAAGGAGGAUAAAGUUGAUACAUCACAUGAUCAUCAAGGUUCAUUUGUUGUCGACCAUUUGUCUGAAUGUGAUAUUAAUCAUGUGCCUGAAGGUGGCAGUUCUGCAGAUUCUGACCGACCUAAUUGUGGUUCGCCCACUAUCAUUAGUUGCUCUACACUUUCUCAAAGUGAAAAAGACUUGCAAAAGGGAGUCAAAGGUUCCCCGGGUAAGAGUAUCCCACUUUCUGAGGUUGCUGAUGGGACUGCGGACAAAGUUCAGUUAAUUUCCCAUAAUUUAAGAGAAAAUGAUGCCACCAAUGAGGCUGGGAGCUUCACCUUUGCGGUCAAUCCAUCGGCAGGUCUUUCUGAGAGAGAAACUAGCAAAAAUUGGGAAUCCUUUCCCUCUAUUAAAGCUUGCAAGAUAUCCACGAGUGUGGAGGGGUUUUCUUCAACAUGUAUGGGCCAAAUGGAUCCUAAGAUGGUGCCAGAAAUUUCUUCCAGGAGCACUCGAGUAACUGAUGGGGUGAUUUCACCAGGAGGUUCCAAAGGUACCCCUGAGCGUAAAAGUAGGCGAGGGUCUUGUAAGGCAACAGGGAAAGAGAGUGCUAAAAAAGGGAACCACGUGAAGGAAUCAACACUUGCAAGAGGGAAUAAAGUAUGUAGUGUGUCCAAGAGCCCCUCUGCCACUGGCCAACUUGUGCAGCUUGAAGUGUUGAAGCCUUAUGGGAUUGUUGAUCACAAUGCCACAAAACCAUGUGGCGUCGUUCCUAUUCCUGGAUCCAAUUUACCGGAUUUAAACUCUUCAACUCUGUCGUCUGCAUUGUUUCAACAGCCUUUCACAGAUUCACAACAAGUGCAGUUGCGAGCACAGAUAUUUGUUUAUGGAUCUCUAAUACAAGGAACAGCACCUGAUGAGGCUUGUAUGAUUUCGGCUUUUGGGAUAUCUGAUGAUGGCAGGAGUGUCUGGGAGCCUGCAUGGCGCGGUUGUGUGGAUAGAAUUCAGGGUCAAAAAUCCCGUCCCAGCAACUUGGAAACCCCUGUGCAAUCACGUUCAGGCACUAGAGUUUCUGAUCAAGCAAUUAAGCCAAGUACACCGAAAAGCAAAGUGCUUCCCUCACCUGGUGGUAGAGCAAGCAGCAAGGGUACACCUUCACCAGUUGCUAAUUCUGGGAUACCUCUCUCGUCGCCGCUUUGGAGUAUAUCUACUCCUCCUAGCGAUGGUUUGCAAUCGAGUGGUAUGCCAAGAGGCACUGUUCUUGAUUACCAUCAAGCAGUUUCUGCUUUGCAUCCUUAUCAGACUCCAUCUACGCGGAAUUUUGUUGGACACAACACUUCUUGGCUAUCUCAGGCCCCUUUUCCUGGUGGCUGGGUUGCUUCUGCGCAAACUUCUGCAUUUGAUACCAGUGCUCGUUUUUCUAUGUUGCCUAUAAUGGAAGCAGUAAAAUUAACCCCCGUUAGAGAAUCAUCUGUGUCUAUGUCCUCUGCUACAAAGAACGCAUCGCCUAGUACUGUGGUCCACAGGGAGGGUUCUAGUGUUUUAUCAGGGACAUCUUCCCUUCUUGACAUGAAAAAAGUGUCAGUAUCACCCGGCCAGCAUUCUGCAGAAACUAAGUCCAGAAAAAGAAAAAAGGUUCCCGUUUCUGAGGAUCUCAGCCAGAUCUCUUUGCUUGCGCGAGCUCAGACAGAAUCGUUGUCUGCUCCUGCUCCUGCUGUUACUAGUCAUUUUUCUACUUCUGUCGCCGUCACGACGUCUGGCUUUGCGUCUAAAAGCAAUGCUGAUAAAAUUGUUGCAGAUGUAAUUGCUACAUCUUCCACUGAUCAACUGAAACGAGGAGAUCAGAAUGCAGAGCAGAAGGUUAUAAUUUCAGAGGAGACUUUUAGUAAGGUUGUGGAGGCUAAGUUACAAGCAGAGGAUGCUGCCACUCAUGCUGCUGCUGCUGUUAGUCACAGCCAAAGUGUAUGGAGUCAGUUGGAUAAGCAGAAGAAUUCUGGAUUGAUUUCAGAUGUUGAAGCUAAGAUAGGCUCUGCUGCUGUCGCAAUAGCAGCAGCAGCUGCUGUUGCCAAGGCUGCAGCUGCUGCUGCUAAGAUUGCGUCCAGUGCUGCAUUGCAAGCAAAACUGAUGGCUGAUGAGGCAUUGGUCUCAAAUGGAACUGGGAAUCCUACUCAACGUACUGCAUUUUUUCCUUCCGAUGUUGUGCACAAUUUGGGGAAGGCCACUCCUACAUCCAUUUUGAAGGGUGGGGAUGGUAGUAACUUUUCCAAUUCAGUCAUAGUUGCCGCUAGGGAAGCUGCUAGGAGGCGGAUUGAAGCUGCUUCAGCUGCCUCAAAACAUGCUGAAAAUUUGGAUGCCAUAGUAAAGGCUGCGGAGCUGGCGGCAGAAGCAGUAUCUCAAGCAGGAAUAAUUGUUGCUAUGGGUAAUCCUCUGCCCUUGAGUGAGUUAGUAGUAGCUGGUCCAGAGGGCUACUGGAAAGUUCCCCAAAUAACUUCUGAGGAGGGUGUAAAAUUAAAAGAUGUGAACAAAGAACAAUCUGAUACAGAUAAAAUUGAAGGUUCUAGUCUUACUUCUAAACGAUCCAAGGAGGGACAGUUGGAUAAGAAGGAGAUUCAUGGUAUGCCAUCUAUUUCAAGAGAGAUUUCUAGGGAGUCAAUGGAGGACAAUAUGAGGGUUGUUCAAGGAAUUUCAGGCUCUGUUGCAAGCAGUGAAAAGGAUUUAAGAGGGCGAAGGGAUCGUAGGACUUCUGAGUUGGCCAAAACCAUAGGGGUUGUUCCUGAAUCUGAAAUUGGACCAGUAUCUAUUUCUAUUGUUGUUCAGGAUGAAUAUGAAAAGGUGGUAGGGAAUUUGAAAGAGAACAGCAUCAAGGAGGGUUGCAUUGUUGAGGUUUUCAAAGAUCAUGACAAUGUCAAAGCAGCCUGGUUCUCAGCUAAAAUAUUGAGUUUGAAGGAUGGAAAGGCUUUUGUCUGUUACACUGAACUCCAAUCAGAUGAAGGUUCAGGGGGUUUAAAGGAAUGGGUAACUCUCGAAGUUGAAGGCAACGUGGCACCCAGAAUACGCAUUGCACAUCCAAUGACUAUUACACAGAAUGAAGGAACGAGGAAGCGACGCAGAGCUGCCAUGGGGGAUUAUUCUUGGUCUGUUGGUGAUAGAGUUGAUGCAUGGAUACAAGAUUGCUGGCGAGAGGGAAUUGUCAUGGAAAAGAACACGAAAGAUGAAACUGCAUUAACUAUUCGCUUUCCAGCUGAAGGACAAACAUCAGUUGUUAGAGCAUGGCAUCUACGGCCAACGCUGAUUUGGAAUGAUGGGGAGUGGAUUGAAUGGUCCAGUUUCAAAGAGAAGGAUCACUCUUCCCUGGAUGAUACGCGACAGGAGAAGCGAUUGAAGUUGGGCAGUCCUGCAGCACUGGUCAGAGAGAAGGGUGAUAUUUCAAAAAGUAGUGAUCUUGUGGAAUCUGGGAAGCCUGGAGAGUCAUUUUUACUGCCUUUAUCUGCGAACGAGAAAUUUUUUAAUGUUGGUAAGCAUAGGAGAGAUGAGAAUAAGCCUGAUGCACUUAGAGCAAUACGGACUGGUCUGCAGAAAGAAGGAUCGAAAGUGAUUUUUGGUGUUCCUAAGCCUGGAAAGAAAAGGAAAUUUAUGGAAGUGAGCAAACAUUACGUUGCUGAGACAAGCAUGAAGAAUAAUGAAUCAAAUGAUUCUUCUAAAUUUGAAAAAUACUUGAUGCCUCAAAGAUCAGAAUCCCGUGGAUGGAAAAAUAAUUCUAAAAUUGAUUCCAGGGAAAAACAGGCAGCUGAAUCCAAGCCCAAGGUUCUUAAACCCGGAAAACCCCAAAGUGUUUUUGGUAGAACCAUGUCUCAGAAGGAUAAGUUGACAUCUGCAGUUUCUGCACCAAGUGAUAGCACCUUAAAGGAUCAUAUAAUCAAGGACUCUAUUAGAAAAGAUAAGAAUGAAUCAGGAUGCCAGAACCUGAUGGGAUUUAAAUCAUUAUCCAACACUGAGGAUGCAGCGGAAGGCCCAAUCUUAUUUUCUUCACUAGCACUUCAAUCAGAUGCUCCUCCUAAGAAAAUGUCCUCAUCAAAUGCCAAAUCUGAACGGCUGAAUAAAGGAAAAGUUGCACCCUCUGGUGGAAAGUUGGCUAAAAUUGAAGAGGACAGAGUUUAUAAUAAUAAAACGGGAAAAUCAGUUCCUGAAGUUGUGGAGCCUCGUAGGUCAAAUCGCAGAAUUCAACCAACAUCAAGGCUACUAGAAGGGUUGCAAAGCUCGCUGAUCAUCUCAAAGAUUCCUGCUGCUGCUACUAAUGAUAAAACUCACAAAAGCACAAGCAGGAAUACUUCUAGAGGGAAUAACCACGGUUGAGAGGAGCUUUCAAAAUGAUGAGAUCCAGUCUGUAGAAAAUUGAUGGGUACCGGAUGACCACAACAUUCCGCUUACUUUUUGUGCAUAUUUAUAGUAGAGGAGAAAUCUAGGAAGGGAAAUUCUCGCUUUAUGAAGCUUCAGCUGUAUAAUUUUGUUUAGUAGAUGUUUGUAUUGAUUUUAGUUUCUUGCGCAAUUAUGAUGCAAUCUCCUUAGGUUUUCACCGUAAUAGGUUGUAGAUGAAAUUCUCCAUGUUUGUUGUAGGAAAGCAAGCUCCUCAGAUAAUCCCAAGAUUAAAAAUCAGAACAUUUUGUGGUUUCAGUUGGUCAUAUUAAAAUCAUUUGAUAUGUAUAUGUAUGUACGUUGAAAUCCAAGAAUCAUAAACAUUUUUGGAUUGAAGUGAUCCUUUUAUUA